AUGGCCGGACCUCGCCGGAGAACGCCCCUUCUCCUCCUCUUCUUUUUCGUGGCGAACCUUCCAGCAUUGGCGUGGAGUUCGCCUCUCCGCCUCCUCUGCACCGCAUGUACCAGCUGCUGCGUCCCCGAGCCAGUGCCCUCCUCACCGCCGCCACCCCCUCCCUCCCCACCACCACCCUCUCCACCGCCGCCCUCCUUACCUGAGUGCCCUCCUCCUCCCGCUCCACCUGUUAUCGAGUGCCCUCCUCCCCCCGCUCCACCUGUUAUCGAGUGCCCUCCUCCUCCCCCCGAUUGUUCCACUCCCAGUUGCGGUUACGCUCCCCCGCCACCUCCACCCGGCGGCGGCUUCAUCUACCCUCCGCCCAACCUCCCUUACUUCCCUGCUCCGCCUCCUCCGGACCCCCUCCUCCCUUACUAUCCCUACUACCCAAAGACUCCGCGGGGCCCACCAAAUAAUUCGCCUAAUUGGUCCUCUGCCUCUUCUGUCCAUGCCGGAGCUGCCCUUCUCCAGAGUGUCGCUUCGCUGGUCGCCCUCCUCGCAGCUCUCCAUCUCCUGAGGUAA